GUUUCACGUUGCCAAGUGUUGUCCUGACGGUUGUUGUCCUGUACGUACAAUUGAACACGGACGUACUUACAACUGCUAUAAAUCGAUAGGGAAAAUCAACAUCGUAGAAAAUGAUGAGAAGGAAACAAUCGACGGCUGUCGAAGGCCAAGUCAAUGCUGCUUUCGAGGCCGAUGUGCCCGAAACGCGGCAGACUACCGUCACCUUCACGGGCCUAUCGGCAAAAGCUGUGUCAGCUAAGCCGUUCACCCCGCUGAAAAAGAAAAGCUCUCUCUUCAGCUUGUGGAGUAAUGACAGCCGCGAUGAGAAGCUUAAAAAUCUGAAACAAGAACUUGAAAUGGACGAGCACAAGUUACCGCUCCCUACUUUAUUUGCCCGGCUCAAUACGGAUCCAAUCAGGGGGAUUACACAUCAACAUGCUCGAGAUAAAUUACUGAAAGAUGGACCCAACUGUUUGAAACCGAUCGAAGGCGAACCGGAAUGGAAGAAAUUUUUGGCAAAACUGCUGGGUGGUUUCCACAUUCUUCUCUGGUUUGGGGCCAUCCUUUGUUUGGUGGCCUUUUUUAUGGAGUAUAGCACGUCGGCCGAGCCAUCACACGAUAACAUGUGGCUGGCGAUCAUUUUGGUGCUCUUAGUAACUGGAACGAGUGUAUUCGCCUAUUACCAAGAACGAAAAAGCUCUAACAUCAUGGAUUCUUUCAAAGGCCUGAUUCCGCAGUUUGCUGAAGUCACAAGAGAAGGCGAGAAGAUGACGGUGAAGGUGGAAGAAUUAGUUGUGGGCGACCUAAUUGACGUGAAAUUCGGAGAUCGACUUCCUGCCGACAUGCUCAUUCUUUCAUGCAGCAGUUUUAAAGUGGACAACUCGUCUUUGACAGGCGAAUCAGAACCUCAAAGCCGUUCGCCCGAGUGCACUCACAACAAUCCGUUGGAAACCAAAAAUCUUGCGUUUUUCUCAUCCAGUGCUGUGGAAGGUGUGGCCCGUGGUGUGGUAGUUAGGACGGGCGAUAACACUGUCAUGGGUCGCAUUGCUUCUCUGACGUCAGGUGUCGACUCUGGGCCCACUCCUAUGGCUCGUGAGAUUCAAGAGUUUAUUCAUUUAGUUUCGUUCAUCGCAAUAUUUACGGGCGUUGUCAUCUUUAGCGUCGCUAUGGUUCUUGGUUACAGCUGGAUUAAUUCACUUAUUUUUCUGAUCGGUAUCGUCAUGUCUUAUGUGCCGCAAGGACUUGUGCCAACCGUAGCGAUUUUGCUGACUUUGACGGCCAAAAGGAUGGCGAAGAGGAAUUGUUUAGUUAAAAAUUUGGAAGCUGUUGAAACUCUUGGCUCUACGUCGACGAUCUGCUCUGAUAAAACGGGCACUCUCACGCAAAAUCGAAUGACCGUGGCGCACACCUGGUUUGACGACACGAUACGACAGAUGGAUACCAGUGAAUCACAAACAAAUGAUGUGCUGUUCGAUAAUUCAUUGCCGGGUUGGAAAAUUCUGAGCCGGGUGGCCAAACUGUGCAGCCGUGCCGAGUUCGUUGCUGGACAAGAAGAUCAACCUAUCCUUAAAAGAGACGCAAAAGGAGACGCAUCAGAGGUAGCUAUUUUGAAAUGCGUGGAACUGGUGGACGGCCACGUCGUCGAGUAUCGAAAAGAAUUCCCCACCGUUGUCGAAAUCCCUUUCAAUUCGACUAACAAGUACCAGGUGUCUAUACAUCGGAUAGCUGACAAUCCGAACUCCAAUUACUUGCUCGUCAUGAAAGGAGCUGCUGAAAGGAUCAGCGCAAUUUGUUCAACUAUCCUGGUGGAUGGCAAUGAAAUUCCGUUGGAUGAUGAAUGGAAGAAGCGGAUCGAUGAAGCUUACUUGAAAUUAGGAAGCCUGGGAGAACGUGUCAUAGGUUUCUGUGAUUACCAGCUACCAGCUUCAGAAUAUCCAGAGGGGUUUCAGUUCAAUACCGAAAAUAUCAACUUUCCGCUUAAAAAUUUGAGGUUUAUUGGAUUGAUGUCGAUGAUUGAUCCCCCGCGCGCUGCUGUUCCUGAUGCUGUUCGUCUCUGCCGUUCGGCAGGCAUUCGAGUUGUCAUGGUCACUGGCGAUCAUCCUAUCACGGCCAAGGCUAUUGCAAGAUCCGUCGGCAUCAUCUCACCAGCAAACGAAACAAUUGAAGAAAUCGCAGAGCGACUUAAAGUGCCAGCACGUGAUCUCGAUCCCAAAAUGGCUAAAGCCAUCGUUAUUCACGGUGCAGAUCUCAACGACUUCGAUCAGGAUCAAUUGGAUAACGUGUUAAGAUAUUACCCGGAGAUUGUAUUUGCGCGCACGUCCCCACAGCAGAAAUUAAUUAUUGUCGAAGGAUUCCAACGUCUCGGAUCGAUUGUGGCUGUCACUGGAGAUGGCGUGAACGAUUCUCCAGCUUUAAAAAGAGCUGAUAUCGGCAUUGCCAUGGGCAUAACAGGAUCGGACGUGUCUAAACAAGCAGCGGAUAUGAUCUUGUUGGACGACAAUUUCGCAUCCAUUGUUACAGGAGUUGAGCAGGGUCGUUUGGUAUUUGACAACCUCAAAAAAUCAAUAGCUUACACGAUGAUUACCAAAAUUCCAGAAGCCGCCGCUUUUGUGGUAUUCAUUCUAGCUGAUAUUCCUCUGAUGCUUGGCGCUAUUCCAAUCUUGUGUAUCGAUCUUGGCUCUGAUCUGUUUCCCGCCAUUACAUUUGCGUAUGAAAGACCUGAAAAUGACAUCAUGGAAUGCCCACCUAGAAAUAUCUACAAAGACAAACUCGUUGGUUCAAAAUUACUUGAAAUUGCCUUUUGGCAUACUGGCAUCUUUGAAAGUUUCGGUUGCUUUUUUGCCAUGUUCGUCAUCCUCGGUGAGAACGGUUUCCUUCCUUACGAUUUGUUGGGCAUCCGAGCCCAAUGGGAUUCUAAAGCUAUCAACGAUCUUCGAGACUCUUACGGCCAAGAAUGGACAUACGAUGCUCGAAAAGAACUGGAGAAAACUUGUUACGCUGCCUACUUUGCAAACAUAGUGGUACAACAAUGGAGUUCUGUCUUGACUAGGAAAACGAGAAGGGCAUCAACUUUUCAACAUGGAUUCGCGAAUAAGCUGAUGAAUUUUGCCCUCUUUUUCGAGACAUGCAUUGCAUGUUUCUUCAUUUAUACACCUGGCUUAAAUACCAUCAUUCAACUGCGUCCGAUUCGCAUUACUUGGUGGUUACCAGCGAUCCCGUUCUCAAUCUUCAUUUUUGUACAUGAGGAAGUGAGAAAGUGGUGGGUUCGAAGAUUCCCGGACGGUUGGGUCUCGCGAGAAGUUUAUUAUUAAUAGUAGCCCGAAGUUUUUUUUUAUAUAUAGUACUGCUCUUUAAAUAUAAUUGCUGUUUGCG